AUGGCCAAGCCCCAAGAUGACACGUUUAAGGACAGUCAGUUUGUCCGGUGUGAUGUGGCAGUGUGUCACUGUCAGAGCGGAGCAGCCAGCAGGGGGCGCUCUGCUGCAGCUCUGCACCACACAGGGGAUCAGGCAGGACACAGGAUGGAGGCCAGUGUUACUGCUGCAUAUGGUUCAACACAUGCAGCUGUUGCAUCGACUGUUACGCCUCCCAGCCGCCGGACGGUCCAGCCGAUCUGCACCAUGAGCUCAGGAGGCCUGGAGUCCAGCGACACCAACCGGUCAGUUGUUCGGGGCAGCGUGUCGCCCUCCAGUCCCGUCCCCGGUGUGCCCAAGUCCCCUCCGGUGGCCGACUCAUACCAGCAGGGCUGCAUCAAGAUGACGCUGGAGAACGCUGAUCUGUGGAAGGCCUUCCACAGCAUCGGCACAGAGAUGAUCAUCACCAAGCACGGGAGGAGGAUGUUUCCGCACUGCAACAUAAGUCUGUCUGGCCUCCAGCCGUACGCCAACUACGUCAUCAUGGUGGACAUGGUUCCUGUGGACAGCUUCAGAUACAAGUGGAAUAAGGAGCAGUGGGAGGUCGCGGGGAAAGCAGAGCCCCAGCCGCCGUGUCGGACCUACCUGCACCCGGAAUCCCCUGCCAUGGGAAGCCACUGGAUGAAACAGGCGCUGUCCUUCCCCAAGAUGAAGCUCACCAACAACACCUUGGACCAGCGAGGGCACAUCAUCCUGCACUCCAUGCAUCGCUACUAUCCCAGGUUUCACGUGAUCCAGGCCGACAGUCCGUACACCGUCCGCUGGGGCCCCUUCCAGACCUUCUCCUUCCCCGAGACGUCCUUCACCGCCGUGACCGCGUACCAGAACCCCAAGAUCACCAAAUUGAAGAUUGAUCACAAUCCCUUCGCUAAAGGAUUCAGGGAGGGAGGCACCCAUUCCCACAGCAAGAGGUGUCGUUCAAACGGGGGUCCUAACAGUGCUGCAAAGAGAGCCGCAACAGAGAGGAAAGCCACAUGCAAAAGUCCUUCAGGCCUCCAGAGGCUGCCCUCCUCCUCUCAGUCGGUGGAGGCGAGGAGCUGCACAGAGGAGCCGCUGAAGGGGGGUGACCUCUCACCCUGGGCCGUGGAGCAGGACCCGUCCGAGAGCCUCCACGCGGAGCCCCUGGAGCUGCACGGCCAGGACUACGGCUGCGAGGAGCAGAUGGUUCCUGCAUCCAUGACCUACCAGCCCUGCAGAUCUGUGGAGUAUGAGCGGCUUCCAUCUCCUUCCCGUGGCGUGGAGGACGGCGAUGGACAGCCAAGCUACGAAUCCCACGUCCCGGAUGUGGCCACGCUCGCCGGGUACGACCGCUCCAGCCGCUUCAGCCUCACCAGAGACGCGGCUCAUCACCAGCAACACGCCGUGCAAAAUCAGGUUGUGAUGCCCUUCUUCCCCCCGGCCAGCAUACCAACACCGCCCAAAGUGGGUUACUCGAUCUACGGCCACCAGGCGGAGCAGAGCGCUCGCCAGUGGGGGGACGUCGAGGCCGCUGGACAUCACGCGGCGCACACCCACGGCCACGCCCCUCCCCAUCCCCAUCCCCAUCCACUUGCCGCAGGCGAACGUGGCAGCCAGCAAUGCAGCUACCAUCACCAUGGCAACCAGGCAGAUUGGAGCCAGUACCCGCUCUUUUCCUACUCCUGUUGGUGA